AUGGGCUCACAGAGCUGUGGUUCUUGCUAUGUGAAAUCCAUUCUGGACAGGAUGAAGCCCAGAUGCCUGGAAGGAAAGACGCAGCGCUGUGAGACCAGCACCAGCACAGCCAGGAGCAGGGCAGGAACAAGGCAAGACACUCUUGAAGACAUCAUGUAUUCUCCACAGAGCAUCGAAGGCGAUGCACUUGGGGUACCAUCUCCUCGGAGGCAUUCUCCAAAGGUCUGCCCACUUAACAUGGACUGCUCUUACGAGAACAACUCUCCAAAUGUCAGGGAGAGCUUCUCCAUUGAUCGAAUGUCCAUGAGGAGCCAAAACAGUGUUGUCAGGAGGGUUAGCUUCAGAUCGCCUGAUGAAUCUGAUGUCUUCAUCAUCCCAGCGCGCAAUGAUCCUGAUGAGUACUCCACUGAUGAUGAAUCCACAGAGGAUGUAAGUGAAGAAAUUGAUCCAAAGAAACCUCAUUAUGUAAUAACUAGAUACUAUUAA